AUGAAUAAUCGAAGUAUUUUCACAUCAUCCAAUUCAUCUUCUAUUCAACAAUCAUUUUCAAAUUUACCAACUAUUCUUCGAAAUUUUAUUAUCGAAAAUAAUUUUAUUAGCGAUAAAACCGAUAGAGAAGAUCAACAAUCAUCACUUCAAUCUAUGUCUCGUUCAAAUUUAAAUCAUUCGGAUGAUAAAAGAGAUGAUAUUUUUGUGAUGAACGAUAACAAUAAGAGUAUUGUUCAAAUACCACCAACCUCAUUGUUCAGAAGAACACAGUCAGAUGAAUAUACAAGUGAUCGAUCAGAACAAGAUACACAACCAAUAGUGUUCAGUGCUAUUCGUUCAGCCGCAAAUCGUCAGGCAACAAAUAGUAAUAAUGACGAUACGAAUGAUUUUCGUGAUAAUCAAUUAUUUAAUUAUGACGGUAAUGAAGAUAUUCCAACAUCACCAGACGAACAACUUGCACGAACUAUGCAACAACAAGAAUGGGAACAAGAUUAUUAUGAUGAUACACAAAACGAUCAUCGUAAACAACCACAGCCGAAUGAUGAAAAUAAUCGUAAUCCAUCACCAACAUUAGCAGCAGCUUUGUAUCAAUCAUUGACAGGAACGAAUGAAGACAAUGACUUUAUUCUAGCUGAACAAUUGCAGCAACAAGAAACGGCAUCAAAUAAUUUUCUUCCAUUUUUUAAUCCAAGCAAUAACAACGAUGAGGGCAGUGAUACUGACAAUUUUGCAGAAGCUCGAGCAAUGCCUUUAAAUAUUCUAAUGAGACGGAUGAUACAACAUGAUCGUUCUAAUCGAGUUAGACGUCCAAAUGGAAAUAAUGUGAGAAAUUUACAACAAUUUCAGGGUGAUUUUAGCUCAGAAGAUUAUGAGACAUUAUUACAAUUGGAUGAAAUAACAGGAGCAAAUAAACAAAAAUUGAACAAAAAUCAAAUAAAUCAGAUUUCAACAGAUAAAUUUAAUAAAUCAUCAUCUUCACAGUCUGCAUCUAAACAACUGCAUUCACUCAUGAGGCAAGAUCUUCAGAUGCCCUACUCCGGUUUUAAUGAUAUUAUGCCAGUUAAUAGAGGAAAUCUACUGACAUUUCAACAAUGUGGCUGUAGUGUAACACUAAGUCUCGAUCGUAUGGGACGAGAAGCUCGGUAUAAGGAAACAGCCGAACGUAUAGAUAAACUAAGCGGUCGUGAUGUUUGGAAAUCAGAUAUUGUUAAAAAAAAUUUGUCAGUUUUAAUAAAUGAUAUUUUAUUAGAAUGCUAUUUUCGUCCGUUGGAUAACACUUUUGGUGAUGGCUAUCAGAAUAACCUAGCAGCUGCUAAAGUUCCCACAGCUGAUUACAAUCAUAUUGUACCCGCAGAUAUUGAUUAUACCACAGCCUUUCCCACGGCUAUAGGAGUAUUAUACAAUGAUACAGAUCAAACACAUGUAGUUUAUAAUGCUGUCUUUACAUUGAUUGGUUUUAUUGAUUUUAUAUUGUCUAAAUACAAAAUUCAAAAACAAUUUGCCUCAGGUUCUCUCUGUAGUAAUCCUAAUAGCUUACCAUCAGUCGAUCCAGAUCUUUAUGGUCCAAAUGCUAGUUUAGAAAACAUGAAGGAUAAAAAUACAAUGAUCAAAUUAUGGCGCGGUUGGAUGUUGACAUGUUUGGAUACUCCAAGUUAUCUAUUAAUACGUUCAUUAGUUCGUCUAUUUGCAUACACUCGUGCAGCAUCUGGAAAAUCGGCUCUGCGCUUUUUACAUAGUUUAAAAACAUAUUUACCAAUGAUAAUGGAUGAUAAUCUAUUAUCGUUUAUUGUUGAUCACAGUAGUUUAAUAUUUGGCAUGAGCAACAAUGAUCAAGAUUCAGCAAACAAAAUGAUCCAGUAUUAUAAACAAACGUAUCAUUCUGAAAUGAGUAUACAUCUAUCGCUAUUUUAUAAUGAUACUGCUGAUUUGGCAUUAACAAGUGACGAUGCAAUUGCAUUACGUCAUGCAGUUGAUAAAACGCAAAAGUCAAAUCCGUUCAGACUCACACGCAUGAGAGGAAAUCCGUAUCGCGAACGAAGAGCAUUCAUUGAGUACAUGAAUUAUUAUUUAUCGACGCCAAUAAUUCCAGAAAAUGUGCUUUUGUCUAUGGUGGAAUCAAACGACCGGAAAAAAGUCGUAGAAGAAUCAAUAAAUCCAUUUUCGAGAAAUGCAGGUAUAUGGUACCAUUAUAGAUCACCACUGUUAUUAUUAUUUCUUUAG